CGUCAACCUCUUUUAGAUUCAAGAAAUGACAUCCAUUAAUGUCAUUGGUGAAGAUCCAGUGCUCAAGUCCAUUGCACAAGAGCUCAUUAUUUCUUUCCAAGGCCAAGUAAAAAGAGUUCCUUUGAACUACAAUAAGAGUAAUGAUAAGCCUAAUGAAGAGCAGUCCUAUCAGAGGCAAGACCUUUUUUAUCCAUAUGAGUUUCAGCUGUUCAGUUUUUUAACUCGACCCACGACGUGCAAGAAGCUUUUUCCACCCCAUGUCCAAAAAAAGCGCCACCAGAGUAUUACAGUGCAAGAGAGGUUGAUUCUUUUGUCAAUUGGACCAAAAGCGGAAACGAAGGAGAACAAGGGUGCCCUGAAUCAUGGCCACCAAGUCCUUGACCAGAAAAGAUACAUGGAGCAGGAAAAAGAGCAUGAACCAAGUACAGAAGGAAUAGAUGCACCUGUACUUGUUGCGGGCCUAGAGGUGCUUGAAUACCUACUCACGCCGAUGACUACUGCUGAUAUUAGUAGUAGUAGCGCUAAGAGCCACAGCUCGAACGAGUGUCCACUCGAACGUAUCAUUUAUAUUGCCAAGGUAGAUACCUCUGGUUGCUGGCCUCUGCCUAAAGUCGACACACGAGGGCUUAAGAGUCCCACACACGCUUUAGUCCGAGGCUACUUGAACGCAAUGCGAUCCAACACUAUCAUCACCACCGCGUUCACUAAAGGUUCUACUUGUAUCUCUCAUCUUCACCAUCAAUCGUCAUCAGCUGUAGCCGCAGCGAAACUUUCCUCUAUGGCUAUCUCAUCCGAAAAGAAAAAGGAAAAUGGGCAGAGAAGUGAUAAAGAGGACAGUUGUGGGGAUGCAACAGGCGACUCUAGCCCGUUGUCAAAUGACGAAGAACAAAAGCUGCAACAACAACAACAACAACAACAAGAAGAAGAAGAAGAAGGGUUUGAGCUACCAUUACUAGUAUCCACCCCACACAAAACUUCGCUUUAUGUCUUUGCGCGUGCUCAACCUCAGUACCUCUUUGCAGAAUCUGCUCAAAAUACUGGGAAACGCGUUCUGGAUGAUCGCGGUUUGGUCCGCUGGUGGAAAAAUUUGUUGACAACUAUCUACAGUCAACAAAUUCCCGUCAAUGACAGUAAAUGUAAAAGGAAACAACAGGCAUGGUGGUAUAUCCCAGGGAUGGAGACGGAACGUCAAGCAUCGAGCAUCAUCCGAUUCUCACCUUUAUCCUCAAUAAGCCUAUCGACUACGACGACAUUCCAUUGGACAUAUGGCUACCCUGAUAGAAAUUCCAAGGAGAUGGCAUACUCUUUGAUCCCACAGUUCCCUGACGACCCAAAGUCUAGGCUAAUGCAAUCUGCUUCAUGUUCUGGCGGAGCUGUUGAUAUCAACACGUUUUGGGAGCUGGUAGCUAUUGGAGAAGAAAGCGGUGCUGGGAAAAUUACGGGCUUUUUCCGCAUAGUGGAAGAAGGAAACAUAGAAGAAGAUGAAGAAGAAGGGGAAAAAGAAGGAGAAACAAAUGAACAGAAAGCAAAGGGAGAGGAGGGACAAAAACUGACUGGAGCGGUCGAGGAAGAGCCAAAAGGAUCCAAAAGUACAUCUGUAUCUCAUGAAACAACAGCAGAAACAACGGUAGCAGCAGGGAUAGAAACCGUUAUUUCACCUGCGCAAGGUUCAUCAGAAUCAUACACAAAGGUCAUCAACUAUCUACUGAGCUUAGACUUUUCGACUCUGGAGAAGUCUAAAAACUCUACUAGACAGUGGAUGAACCGCUUCAAUAGCUGGACUCGAAAGCUUCAAGAAAAACGACAACAACAACAAGAAGAGAACCAUUCUACAUUGCUACCUUCAUGGAUUCAGACUACAAGUCUCACCAUAUUCUUACAGCAUGUGAACGAGAUAGUCGUAAGCAACCAGUCGCAGUCCACCAGUUCCACCAGUUCCAUCAAUGCUUCAUCUUCUGCGCCUACUGUGAACAUUCUUGGAGCUGGAUUGAUCAAGCCCAAAGUCCCGGAGUUUGCAUCUGUAUCGUCUUCGGGACAGGCUCCAACGGUCAAUGUUUUGAAUGCUAGUUUUAUCAAACGUAAGACGCCUGUAGUCAAUAAUUUGAGCUCUAGUCUAAUUAAACGGAAAGAACCGAGCACAGCAUCUAUAUCUACGUCUACAGUAACACUAGCACCUGCCUCCGUAGUGCAGGAUUCAGGCCUCACUAAGAAGCAAAAGACAGAUUGUGGAAAGCCGUAAUAGAGUUGCUAGAAAAUAUGCUCG